ACGUUGAUUUCUAUUCUGACCGUGCAAGUGCAUCUGCAUCAAUUGCAGCCGGUGUUUUGUUUCGAUAUAUUGCAAUUCAUUCCGCGUAAGUAUUGAGAUAACGCAAACAAUUACAUGAAUAAACAAAAACUAUUAAUCGUGAAACUGAAAAAUACAAAUUAAAAGUGGUUUUCCAGAGUAACUCACCGUGGCGGACGUUUAUUACUAAUUUGUCCUUCUUCAUACUUACCAAUCAGGGAAAAAAUGCCUAGUCCUUUACGUUGGGGUAUUGUUUCUGCCGGCAAAAUUAGCCAUGAUUUCUGUGUAGCACUGUCCACAUUACCAUCGGAUGAACAUCAAAUGGUUGCAGUGGCGGCACGCGAUAAGCAGAGAGCUGAAGAAUUUGCAAAGAAGCAUGAGAUGCCUAAACAUUUUGCAAGCUAUGAAGAAUUAGCAAAAUGUAGCGAUGUGGACAUUGUCUAUGUUGGCGCCCUGAAUCCUCAACACUUUGAUAUAUGCAUGUUAAUGUUGGAGAACGGCAAACAUAUUCUGUGUGAAAAACCAUUAUGUUUGAAUCACAAACAGGCCAAGAAAUUAAUACAAUAUGCUGAAAUUAAGAAGCUAUUCCUUAUGGAAGCGGUAUGGUCGAGAUUUUUCCCAGCCUAUCAGUAUGUGAAGAAACAAAUUGCUUCUGGUGUGCUUGGAGAAAUACAAGAAGUUGAAGUAUCCUUUGGCUUUCAGCUUGAAGAUGUGGAUAGACUAAAGAAAAAGGAUAUGGGUGGCGGUACUGUUCUUGAUUUGGGUAUUUAUACCAUACAAGUGUCGCAAUGGGCAUUCCAGGAACCACCUCAACAAAUUGUGGCCAAAGGUGAACUGAAUUCCGAAGGUGUUGACGUAGAUGUGGAGGCGGAAUUGAUAUAUUCCGGCAAAAGGAAAUCAAAAAUGCACACAAGUGCCAAAAAGCAAUUGGAUAAUAAGGCUGUCAUCAAGGGCAGCAAAGGUCAAAUAACGCUUUUACAAUUCUGGUGCCCCACCAAAAUUAUUGACAUCGAUGGCCAAGAGAAAGAAUGGGUUCUGCCCAAGGGAAAAUUGAACACCGUAUAUCAAAACUCUGAGGGUCUACGUUAUGAGGCCGAAGCUGCACGCCAAAGCAUUCUUGAGGGUAAAUUACAAAAUGAAAAUGUUAGCCACAACGAUAGUCUGCUGUUUGCACAAAUUGAAGAUGAAAUUCGCAAGCAAAUUGGUGUGGUUUUUCCAGAGGAUUAAUCACCGGGAAAUAUCUUAUAAAUUGGGUUUAACCGGAUCAUCAUGUAUGCACAAGUGUAUAUAGAAAGAAUUUUCACAUUUAGUUGUAAUAUUUUUCAAAUAAAGAUGCUAUUGUUUUUUUUCUUUU